AUGGGCGCAAUCAAACGAAAAGCAGAGCAGGGCGCCACGCCACAGAAGAAGUCGAAGAGCGCGCCGGCCGACCGAUCAACGAAGCGACGGAAAUCCGACGUCGAGCAGCCAUCGCCGGAAAAGUCAAAGCCUGAGAGGGCUGCGCCGAAGCCCAGCGUCUUCAAGGAUGAGGAGAAGUCCUUCCCCAGAGGAGGCGCCAGCGUCUUGACUCCGCUUGAGCACAAGCAGAUUCAGAUCAAGGCGAACCAGGACGUUCUUUUCGAGCAGGCUGGCGGCGUAAAGCGAACCGGCGGCGGCGACGAUGGAUUCAGCGACAUGGGGUCCGAAGACGACGAAAAGGCAGCCGCCAAGUCGAAGAAGAAGCCGCUGGCCAAGAAGAGCAAGAAGUCGCAUGACAGUGGAGAGAAGGAUGACACUGUGAGGGCCGAGGGUCUGAGCUACAAGAAAUUGUCGCCUGGGACCAUCGUUCUCGGUCAAGUAACCGACAUCUCUCACCAAGACAUCGUACUCGCCCUCCCAAACAACCUCGUUGGCUACGUCCCACUCACCGCCGUAUCCGACAAACUCAACGAGAGACUAGAGAAGCUUCUCAAGGAGGAAGAGGCGGACAAGGAAGGGAGCGACGAUGAUUCUUUUGAAGAUGUGGAGCUGAAAGAAAUGUUCUCUGUUGGACAGUACUUGAGGGCAUGCAUCACAGCGACGACCGACGAGAGCGCAAGAGCGCGAAAGAGACUAGACCUGUCCAUCGACCCCAAGCUGGUCAACAAAGGUCUCAACAAGCGGAAGAUACCAGUGAACAGCAUGGUACAGGCCUCCGUGGUCAGCAAUGAGGAUCACGGUCUGGUCAUGGAUCUGGGCCUUGACGACAGCAGUCUGAAGGGCUUCCUGCCCAAGGGAGAACUGGGACCCAAAGUUCAGCACGCCAAGGUACAAGAAGGCGCCGUCUUCAUGUGUCUGGUUACUGGCCUCAACUCCGAUGGACGCAUUGUCAAGCUUUCCGCGGACCACACCAAAGCAGGCAACUUGGCCAAGGGCAACACACUGACCGAAGCACCUACUAUCGAUGUCUUCCUUCCAGGAACCGCCGUUGAUGUACUCGUGGCCGAUACAACAGCUACCACACUAACCGGUAAGAUCCUAGGCCUUAUCGACGCAACUGCCGAUGCCUACCACUCCGGAGCGACCGAGAAGGCUGCCAAUGUGUCCGAGAAGUACAAGAUUGGCUCCAAAGUCAAGGCUCGUAUCUUAUUCACAUGCCCAGACUCAGAGCCCAGGAAAGUCGGUGUUUCAUUACUAGACCAUGUUGUGAGCCUGUCCACCCGUAUGUCCGGCAAACCCAAAGAGCGCAAACCUCCUGUCAAUCUUCUGCCAAUCUCAACUGUCAUCGAAGCUGCAAAAGUCAUCAAAGUGGCGCCGGCCCAUGGUGCUUUCUUCGAUCUCGGCAUAAAAGACGUUGGCGGGUUUGCGCAUAUCUCAAAGCUUUCCGACGACAAAGUCGAUAUUCUCUCCGAAGAGGCUGGUGCAUACAAGCUCGACUCGAAACACAAGGCACGCAUUAUCGGCUACAAUGCCUUGGACGGACUUUUCCAGCUUUCACUGGAGCAGAAAAUCCUCGAUCAGCCCUUCCUCCGCAUAGAGGAUAUCAAAGCUGGUGAAAUCGUCAAGGGCAAGGUCCACAAGCUCAUCGCCGACAAGACUGGAGCUACCGCUGUUCUGGUUCACCUCGCCGAGGGCAUCACCGGCCUAGUCCCUGAGAUGCAUUUGGCCGAUGUUCGUCUGCAACAUCCGGAACGCAAGUUCAGGGAAGGUGUGCCAGUCACAGCACGUGUACUUUAUACCGAGCCAGCCAGGCAUCAGAUUCAGCUUACUCUCAAGAAGUCCCUGGUCAACUCAGAUGUGAAGCCAUGGACGAACUAUUCCAUGCUCAGGGAGGGUGCCGCUGGCCCCGGUAUCUUGGUUAGCGUUCGUCGCAAUGGUGCCACAGUACGUUUCUACGGCGACGUAAAGGCAUGGCUUCCAGCUGCAGAGAUGAGUGAAGCAUACAUUGAGGAUGCGACGCGACACUUCACAAACGGCCAGGUCGUCAACGUCCGCGUCAUCUCUGUAGAUGCGAAGGAGAAGCAACUCUUGGUGUCCUGCAAAGACCCCGCUGCUGUCGACAUCAACAAGGAGGCUGCUUUCAACGCGCUUAACCCUGGAGGUAUCGUAAAAGGCACAGUGAUUGAGAAAUCUGAUGAGAUCGUCACCCUGGACAUCGGAAACGGCGUUAAGGGUAUUCUUCGUAUUGGUCACCUCACAGACGGCUCGGAGAAGAAGGACAUCUCGACGAUGAAGAAGAUCCGCGUUGGAGGAACGCUAGCAGACCUUGUGGUAUUGACAAAGCAUGGCAAAUCCAGGACAGCAACCGUCUCGAAUAAGCCUAGUCUCCUGAAGGACGCUCAAGCUUCAAAGUUUGCUCUCAGCAUUGAGGACAUCUCUGCUGGCGAGACGGUACAUGGUUUUGUUCGUGGUAUUCUACCUGACAAGAUCUUCAUCGAACUCGGCAAUGGCAUAAGCGGUGUACUUUUCAAAUCACAACUACCAGAGGAGAUGCUUUCUGCACCAAACUUUGGUCUUCGGAAGGACCAAUCUGUCACUGCUCGUGUGACGCACGUUGAUCCUGGAAAGGGAUUCUUCUGGCUGUCGAUGAAGGCCGAAGGUGACAUGGACGCUGCCAACACUAUUCAUACUCCAGCAUCGAAAGGAGAAGCCCUGGUGGAACCUGUAGAUCCAAAGAUCACAUCUACCGACGACAUCAAGUUCGGCGCGCUAGCAACUGUCCGCAUUCGAUCAAUCAAGGACACUCAACUCAAUGUUGAGCUUGCCGCAAACGUGCCUGGACGUAUCUCAGUUUCGGAACUGUUCGAUUCCUGGGACAGUAUUCCAGACAAAAAGCAUCCCACAGCACAUUUCAAGACCAAUGAGAAGAUUCAGGCUAGAGUUCUGGGAAGACAUGAUGCCCGUAACUUCCGUUUCCUUCCUAUUACGUCCCGAUCGAGUAACAAGACACCCACUUUCGAGCUAACCGCAAACACGGACAAGAUCAAGACGGAAGCUGACGUGCUGAGCCUCGACAAGAUCACGCCUGGAUCAUCCCAUGUCGCCUUUAUCAACAACAUUGCUGAGCGAUAUGUCUGGGUGAACAUUUCUGCCAACGUCCGUGGGCGCAUUGACUAUUUCGACCUCACCGACGACCUGGAGAAACUUUCGGACAUCGCAGAAAACUUCCCUGUAGGCUCUGCUCUCAAGGUUCGCGUUAAGGCGGUCGAUGUUGCAGCUGGAAAAUUGGACUUGACAGCUGCAACCACUCAGACUGGCAAGUCGUUGGCCCUUCAAGACUUGAAGGUUGGCCACAUUUUGCCUGCGCGAGUCACUAAGCUGCAUGACGCAUCGAUCGUUGUCCAGAUAAACGACAAUAUCGCCGCGCCCAUCUUCCUCGAGCAGCUGGCAGACGAUUAUGACAAGGCCAAACCAAGCGAGUUCAAGGUUGGUGAUGUCUUGCGGGUGUGUGUGAUCGAUGUCGAUCUUCCCAACAAGAAGUUAGGGUUGUCCAUCAGGCCCUCCAGGGUAUUGAGUUCUUCACUGCCAGUCAAGGACCCUGAAAUCAAGGACAGAGCUCAGCUCAAGGUACAUCAGGUGGUUCGUGGAUUCAUUAAGCACGUUGCCAACAACGGUGUCUACAUCCGCCUUGGACCUCAUGUCGAAGCCUACGUUCGGGUCAGCCAUCUUUCGGAUGAAUACAUCAAAGACUGGAAGACUGCAUUCCACGUGGAUCAACUCGUGACAGGCAAAGUCAUCUCGAACAAGCCAGAUCAGCGCAACCCACAAUUGAGCUUGAAGGCCUCGCAUGUUCAAGGGACCUACACUGAGCCGGUUGAGUUCAGUGAUUUGAAGGUUGGACAGAUCGUCGCCGCAAAGGUUCGACAUGUAGCAGACUUUGGUGUGUUCCUUGUUAUCGACGGCUCAAGCAACGUCAGUGGACUUUGCCACAUCUCUCAACUGGCGGACACUGCCGUCGACAAGGACAAGGUCAAGGAGAUGUACAAGGAAGACGAUGUCGUCAAAGCAAAGAUCAUAAAGAUCGACCAAAAGUCCAGGAAGAUCAGCUUCUCCUUGAAAUACUCUCAAGUAAAGGGUGACGAUGAGGAUGAAGAUAUGGAAGACACUUCCGAAGCCGAGCAACUAGAGGGAAGUGACUCGGAUGGCGGCAUCGAGCUCGACGGCAUCGAUCUCAAUGACGACAGUGACGACGACGUGGAUAUGAGGAGCGUCAAGAGUGCUGACAGUGACGAGGACGUUGAGCUUGCCGACGUAAACGCUUCUGACGAUGAUUCUGACGAUGACGCGCCAAAAGCGGCAACCCAAGGACUCAGCACUUCUGGUUUCGACUGGACUGGUGCGACUCUCGACUUUGACGAGCAAAAGGGUGCAGCCGAGCCUGAUUCUGACGAUGAUGCCCCAAAGAAAAAGAAAAAGAGCAAGAAGGCUACCAUCAAAGAGGACCGUACUGGUGAUCUCGAUGCUUACGGCCCGCAGUCUGUCGCUGACUACGAGCGCUUGCUUUUGGGACAGCCAAACAGCGCUGAGAUGUGGGUUCGGUAUAUGGUUUUCCAACGUGAACUCAACGAGAUCGAAAAGGCGCGCCAAAUCGCUCGUCGCGCAUUGGCAACCAUCAACCCUAGGGAGGAGAAAGAGAAGCUUGAUGUUUGGACCGCCUUGCUACAUUUGGAGAACGACUUCGCUGGUGACGAUGCUCUGGAAACCGUCUUCAAGGAGGCGUGCCAGAACAACGACGCCCGUGAGAUGCAUGAGCGCAUGAUCAAGAUCUACAUCUCCUCAGGCAAGAUCGACAAAGCAGACAACCUCUAUCAGUCAAUGAUGAAGAACAAGUCCUUUACCCCCGACCCUCAAUUCUGGCUUUCUUACGCGUCAUUCCUGAUGGACGUCAUCCAACCACCCUCUCCCACACGGGCUCGCGCCCUCCUCCAGCGCGCGACCCAAUCCGUUGCUUCAACCCAACACCGUUACCUAACCCAGAAGUUCGCAGCGCUUGAGUUCAAGAGCCCUAACGGCGACGCCGAGCGUGGUCGCACCAUCUUCGAAGGCCUCGUCGACACCUUUUCAAAGAAGGGCGAUGUUUGGGAUAUGUACCUCAUGUUGGAGCAGAGCCAUGGCAGUGCAGAGAACGUCCGGGAUCUGUUUGAGCGUAUGACCAAGGUUGGUAAAGCAUCGAGGAUACGGAGCGUGUUUAAGAAGUGGGCGGAGUGGGAGAGUAGUGUUGGUAACAAGAAGGGUGUAGAGAAGGUCAAAGCACUUGAGGAGGGGUGGAGGGAGAACAAGGCAGAGAAGGGCGAGGAUGCCUAG